AUGCAGUCCGAAGAAUCGCCCGCGUCGAAGGAUGCUUCUGCAUCCGGAAAAGGUCCAGCUGACACCACCACCACACCGAAGGUAGUGCUGACCGAAGACCAGCAGGCAAUAUUCAACCGUAUUGCGAAGAACGAAAACAGCGAACUUCGGUUGUUGCUGUCGCAGUACAAAUCCAGCGUAGACUUUGUGGACGAAAACGGCAUGACGCCGUUGCAGCAUGCCGCCUACAAGGGCAACAAGGAAGUGGUGCAGCUGCUGCUCGACCAGGGCGCGGAUGUGAAUUCGAGCAAGCACGAGUUCAACUACACAGCGCUGCAUUUCGGUGCCCUUUCCGGUUGCGCAGAGGUGUGCCUUAAGCUGCUGUUAGCCGGUGCCGAUGCCAAAGCGGUCAAUUCCGUCGGUCGGACGCCUGCCCAGAUGGGUGCGUUCGUUGCCAACCACGAGGCGGUGGGUACAAUUAACAACUUCGUACCGCUAAAAGACGUCGAGUGUUUCACCGUCGACCAGGGACAGAAGGAAGCGCUGCUACCGGUGGUGCUGCUGGAGCCAUUCCAUAGCUUCAUCAUGCAGGUGAACAUCCAUCCGGUGCGGAUACUGCUGAACCUGCAAAAGUACGGUUUGCUUGCGCCGGACGUGAAAAAUGUGCGCGCCGUCCUAUCGGAGCUGAUGGAGCGGGAAAUGAAGCGUCGUGGGGAGGUGAACGAGGUGAUGGCAUUCAAAUAUCACUACCUUGGGUUUGUGACGGGAGAAAUCCUGAAGCACCGGGACUAUACCAUCUCGAGGCGCGAUGCGCAACAGGACGUCAAGAGUGACUUCGUGGAGCUGUUCGCCAAGCGCGUGCUCAAGCCAAACAAGGAUGGUACGCUCGAGUACCUGGAGGCGCUCGUGCGCGAAUGCGUCCGAGAGUUUCCGUUCCGCGAAUGCACCAUUUUCCGGCAGAUGGUAACCCAGCUCGUCAGCAAAGAAAGUGUGGCCCCCGCGCUUGACGUGGUCCGAACGGCGAUUAAUGGGCAGCGCGGCUUUCAGGAUACCAUCACAUUCUGCAGCUCCUGUGGUGAGGAAAAACCGGACAAAAAGUGCUCCAAGUGCCGGGAGGUGCAGUACUGCGAUCGCCAGUGCCAGCGGUUACACUGGUUCACGCACAAAAAGGUCUGCAGCCGGCCGACGGGUGCGACCGGAGAGGUGCCAAGCCCUGCCGCGAAGCCAAUCGACUCGACGGAAAUUAGCGAGCAGCUCCAGAAGCUUGUCGCAGGCUAAACUGGUGCUGGAAGGACGCAAUGGCAAGGGGAUGGGCGAAAGGGCCCAUUAUUAGAUGUCUGACAAUUUGUGUUAAUGUGUCCCCGGAGCCCCGGUGAUCCGGUGGAAUAGAUCGCUAUCCAUCUUUAUCGAUGUUGCAUGUGAAUCGUAACUACAAUAUCCGUGUUGAGUGUCAAUGAUGAUGUGAAUGGGCUGGCUGGUAGGUAGCACGUGCACGAAACAAGCGGCUAAU